AUGUGGGAGGCUAAGGGUGAGAAGAUAUCAUGCCCUCCUAAGAGAACUGUUCUCGAUCCAAGACUAUACAAGGGCGAAGAAAAAUAUUGCGAAGCACUUUUAAAUUCGUGGUUAAAGAUUUGGGGUGUCAUGGCAAGUGCAAAGGCAGAGGUGACAUGGGGUAUCUACGGCCGCUUUCACGACCCUAGGACGGAGCCAAAGAUCGAGCUCAUCUUUACACCUCCAGAUCUUCAGCCACGGUUCACAGUCGAUGAACUGAGAAAAAUAUUUGAGGAUCCUGAAGAAGGUUUGGAAGGAGGUUUCAAGCAUAUUCAGGUCGAAUUUAAAUCUUACAACGAAGCAAUUAGGCUCAAGAACGAAAGCAAACUCGUGCUACUUAGCCAUCACUUCUUCUCCUUCUACUGGACAUGGGUAUCUCCCCAGAACUUUCAACGGCUGCGCUUAGAUCGGGGUGUCCAAGAUCUCAAUCGCCCUUGGCCGACCAAAGAAAAGGCUGGCGAGAUCUACGCCAAACUUAAAGAGGACUCUAGCGGGCCACAGGACGGCCCGGAGAACACAUUCGACAUUAGCAUCGGUUACCAGAAGAUGGCUGCCGUUGCGGGAGCUAAACGGAAUCCGGACCAAAAGGCCGUGAUGGGUGAUAUCAGCGCUACUGAA